CCGUCGCUCCACCCGAAUUCAUUUUUAUUUCCCACAAAGCAUAUUACAAAAAACUAUCGCUAAGACCAUGCGAUGAGAAAAUGACUGGAAUACUGUUUGGUGCGUCGUGAUGACUAGUUCGCAUUAGUAGUUUUAUUAUGUAAAUGUUACGCAAGACAUCGCUGACUGUCUGGUGCAGUGUUUGGUGUACGUGUUAUGUGCUGGAGAUACUUGUAUUAACGUCGACCAGGCACCAUAAGCAACAGUCGUUCACAAGUUGACGCGUGGACCAGCCAUCGUUCACGUCGCACAUAUUGAGAUUAUGAACGCGUACGGUAUGACCGGCGGCGGUGACUCUGACGUCAUCGCACGGCGUCUGCGUGACGCGGAGCGAGCCCGAGCGGACGCCGAGCGCGCCCACGCCGAUGCCCUUGCGCAGUUGCGGAACGCCCAACGCUCCCCGCUUGAUUCGCUCAACGUUGAACAAUUGCAGUCGAAAGUACGGGAGCUAGAGAAAAAGGCCGCAUUAGAGACAGUGCGAUGCGAAGAACUGCAGCUGGAGUUGUCGUCAGCGAUGAGAGCUCGAGGCACCACGACGACAGCUACGUGGUCUACGGCGACACAGCCUGCCACCGAGAUCGAACGUAUCAUGGCCAAAAUCGAACAGGACAAUCGAAUCCUAGCUGAACUUGAACACACAAGAUCGACUACACACGGUAUCCAACAAAGUGGCUCAAAUCAAGCACUGGGGGAGUUCCAUUCACCUACGCCAUCGCCGCUACCACACUAUUCGAGUUCUACAGGACAUAAUUUAGCUCUAUGUCAAAGCAACACAAUGCCCACACUCUCAUCUCUUCAUGCUGUAGGACAAUACACAGCUCCAUGUUCAAAUUCUGUAGCCUAUUCCAUGAGUUCUCAUAAUCCUUCUUCAUACACAAAUCCAGUUUCAGUAUCUUAUGGACUGAGUAACCCACAUCAAGUGACAUUCUCGAACCCUGUUACUGCACCGCUGGUGAACAAUAUCAACCAAAUUUCUAGCACACUAACGGGCCUUCAGACUAAUUUACAAAAUUUAGCGGGAAAUGUUUCUGGUAUGACCUUAGGGAGUACACUAGGAGGUACAGCAUUGACUGGCACAAUGGCAGGAAGUGGUCUCACUGGCCAUUUGAAUAAUGCAUCAACAAAUCUUACAAGUGGCUUAACUAAUGCGCUGAGUGGAAUACAGUCCAGUUUAACAGGUGCGUUAGGAAACACUCUAUCAAAUCUGACUGGAGCAACUCAAAUUGGUGGACUUAAUACUAACAUGACCAGCACAAAUUUAUACGGAACAGGAACAGGCACAUACACGAAUCCUCUCCUUACCAGUGGACUGGGAAGCAAUGCCAUGAAUAUUAAACUAAAACCGAUGGAUGAAAUUGAUUUGGGCUUGGGAAGAUAUGGAACUCAUAACCCAUCUAUGAUUCGGGCUGCAACCCCUGUAACUCCCCAUCAACCAAACUGGAGCUUAGGACUAGAUAGCCAGUUUCCAGAUAGAUUAGGUGCUUUAGAAUCGACAAUGUAUCAUGGACCCAGAAAUAUGAGACAUAUACCUAACAAUAUGAUGCUAGACAUUGAUGUGAUGGAGAAUUGCCAUCGACAGGCGAGCAUGAAAGAUGUUCGAAACACACAUAACUACAUGAAUGGCAGUGGACCAUCGGAGGCGCAAGUUGACAUGCUGGAUAUUCCUGGGAAAGGACGAUGCUGCGUAUAUAUCGCUAGAUUUUCGUAUGACCCACCUGAAGUGGAAACAGCUGAAGGCGAGCUUUCAAUAUGUGCUGGAGACUAUUUGCUAGUGUGGGGCCCGCCAGAUCCAAACGCAACAAUGCUCGACGCUGAACUACUAGAUGGUCGCCGAGGUCUUGUUCCUGCUAAUUUUGUUCAAAGGCUCGUUGGAGAUGAUCUUUUAGAGUUUCAUCAGGCCGUUGUAGCCACUCUACGUGAUGCUGAUGAAACUGCAACAACAGCUGUCAGCGAUCUAUCACUCAGCCGUGAUGUGGCUCGACUGAGUGAGGUGGCUGACAUCACCGACGGCUCUGAAGAUGAUGAUAACGUUCCUGCGCCGCGGCAGCUAACCCUGGAGAGGCAGCUGAACAAGUCCGUGCUGAUUGGGUGGACGGCGCCGGAAGGUGUCCAGCAGGCAAAUAUUGAAAGCUACCACGUCUACGUGGACGGUGUCUUGAAGACCACCGUUAAAGCUUCGGAACGUACUCGCGCUCUAGUCGAGGGCGUAGAUUCUAAUCGACCGCAUCGUAUCAGCGUGCGCUCAGUCACAGUAUCCAGACGCACAUCUAGAGAUGCAGCUUGCACCAUGGUUAUUGGCAGGGACACUGCCAACAUGGGCCCCACCAGCGUCAGGGCCAGUGGAGUGACCUGCUCCCAGGCUGUGAUAUCCUGGUUGCCAGCUAAUUCUAACCACCAGCAUGUUGUGUGCGUCAAUAAUGUGGAGGUCCGAACAGUAAAACCAGGAGUCUACCGACACACAAUAACCGGUUUGUCUCCCAGUACUCAAUACCGGGUUACUGUGAGAGCAAAACAUCUAAGAGCUGGUCCUCCAUCUGGAAUUCCGAUCGAAGAAGCUCCAGGCGCGUACACAGACUUUAGGACCCUACCCAAAGGAUUGCCAGACCCUCCAAAUGAGAUCAUGGUGGAAGCUGGUCCUCAAGAUGGCACACUGCUUGUGACGUGGCAGCCAGUGCUUCGCCCCCCUGCUUCAGGACCUGUCACUGGAUACGCUGUCUAUGCUGACGGGAAGAAAGUAACCGAUGUUGACUCACCAACCGGCGAUCACGCCCUCGUCGAUAUCGGCAAACUGCUCGGCCUCAACCCUAAAUGUGUUACCGUUCGGACAAAAUCUAGAGAUAGUCAGUCCGGUGACAGUGCGCCUACUCCGAUACCCCCAGCUGUACUUCGAGGGGUAGUUUCCAGGAUACCGCGGGGUCCUCAGGCACCUGGUCAAAAUCAGCCAACAGGACAAGGGUACAGAGUUCAACGUCCCCAGGCUUAUCAACAGCAACAACAAGUAUUAGAACACGACGAAAAUCUUUCCGACAAGGAGAUAUUUCCCUCGACAAAUCGACACGACCCCCAACAAGCUCAGCCCGCGUCCGGAUUCGGCACAGGCCUCCUAAAGAGUAUAUUCGACAAAAUAACCCCUUCGCCAUCGGGGAUACCUGCCAUCGAAAUCACUAAAGAGGGACCCAUGGAGCCGACUUGUGAAGACGAGGAAGCUUCUCGCCGACUUCAGCAGCAGCCAUCCCAACCUGCACAAGUGUCGCAACAGCCUUCGGGUCAGCAGUUCCAGAAUACACAAGCCUUCCAUGGCACGCAGCAACCCCCCUAUCCACAGGCCGGCCAGUUCCCAAGUAACCAAACCAACCAGUAUCCCGGGCAACCACAGCAGUACCAAAAUCCACCUCCUAGAAAUCAUCACGAAAGAGGCCGUCCACCUAAUCCACAUCAGCAACAAGUCCAACAAGGACAAAUGCCACAAUUUGGUCCAAGAGGUGGGCCUCCUCAUGGCCCUCGUGGUCCUACGCCAGGUCCCCGAACAUUACAAGGCCACCCUCAAACAAAAAGAGGUCGCUAUUUCAUCGCACUGUUUGAUUACGAUCCAGUAACAAUGAGUCCAAAUCCUGAAAGCUGUGAUGAAGAACUACCGUUCAGUGAAGGAGAUACCAUUAAGGUGUGGGGUGACAAAGAUGCGGAUGGUUUCUACUGGGGUGAAUGCAGAGGACGCAGGGGCUACGUACCGCACAAUAUGGUGGUUGAGGUGUCCGAGCAAGAGGUGACUGGGCAGACAACUGCGAAGCCUCGAGAUAGAUGGAAUGACGCGUAUGCCAACCAGCCAGUUCGACGCAUGAUUGCUCUCUACGAUUACGACCCGCAAGAGCUGAGUCCGAAUGUCGAUGCUGAUGCAGAGCUCAGCUUUCAAACUGGUCAGAUAAUCCACGUGUAUGGCGACAUGGAUGACGACGGCUUCUUUAUGGCAGAAAUUGACGGAGUCAGAGGCCUAGUACCGAGCAACUUCUUGGCAGACACAAACGACCAGUACGCUGCGGGACAGAGUAAUCAAGGGCCACCCGGUGGUAGAGGAAUGGGACCAAGCACAAGUGCACCAGGCGUUGAUCCUGGACGCGGUCGAGGGGCACCACCCGGGCCUGGAGCACGAGGUCCUCCCCCUCCACCCAGAGACAACGUCGCACCAGCACAAAGAAACCAUCACAGAAAAGCAGCAAGCGAGGUUGAGAGGCGUGGGGAACGUGCAGGCGUCGACCACGAGCGCUCGCACGACCGCGGCGGCUGGUAGCAUCAACAGCCCCGU